UCCAACAUGGCGGAUGUCGGCACGUAGAAUUUGUUUUGGGAUAUAACAUCACGGAUUAUCGUAGCAUUUGGACUACGUGAAAGCUAUUUGGUUCACUUAAAUUCAGCACUUUACUGUUUUUGUUGUUUUACCCACCUAGUUAAUUCGUUUUCACAAGAAACCGGGAGAUGCAUCGUCGCGCAGCGGCAAAGAAGGACCACAACAACAAACCAGUGAAGAAGAAGGACGUGAGUGACAGUGAUAAAUACGCCGACCUCUUGGUGUUCGGCUAUGCCUGCAAACUGUUUCCAGACGACGAAAGGGCUCUUUACCACGAACAUGGAAAACAUCUUAUUCCAUGGAUGGGGGACAAGAACAUCAUGAUUGAUAGAUACGAUGGGCGUGGUCAUUUACACGACCUUUCAGAGUAUGACAGCGGGUCAUGGAACACGUCCUACCAGCUGUCGGAGGAGGAGGCCAGGAUCGAGGCGCUGUGCGAUGAGGAGAGGUACCUGGCCCUGCACACGGACCUGCUGGAGGAGGAGGCCAGACAAGAGGAGGAGUACAAACGUCUGAGUGAGGCUCUGGCAGAUGAAGGCACCUACACAGCAGUGGCCUUCAAAUACAGCGCUGACUACUACGACCCCUCUCAGCCCACUGAGGAGGAGGAGGCUAACAGAGAAGCCGAAGAGGCGGAGGCUGAGGAGAGUGAGGAGCCGUUCGUCGCUCCCCCAGGGCUCACUAUCCCCCCCGAUGUAGAGCUGCCUGCAACCAUCAAGACCCAUAACAUCAUCGAGAGGACGGCUAACUUUGUAUCCCAGCAGGGGGCUCAGUUUGAAAUAGUCCUGAAGGCCAAGCAGUCUGGUAACUCCCAGUUUGACUUUCUCCGCUUCGACCAUUACCUCAACCCGUAUUACAGACACAUCCUGCGGGCCAUGAAGGAAGGCCGAUACAACUUCCCCUCCAAGAAGCAGGAGCAGUCGCAGGAUUCCAACUCUGAUUCAGAUGAGGAUGGUGAUGGCAGUUACCUCCAUCCCAGCCUGUUCGCCCCUAAAAGGUGCUCUCGCCUGGAGGAGCUUGUGAAGCCUCUACAUGUAAUGGACCCAGACCAUCCUCUGGCAGAACUUGUCAGAAAAACCCGACUGGAAAGGAAUGGCAUAGAACCGGUGGUACCGGUGGUUGAGACCAAACCAGAGGAAGUGCCAGAACCAGUUGCUCCCAGCGCACCAGCGCAGUACACUGCUGACCCAAUGUACUAUGGGUACUACAUGCUCCCUGACGGAACGUUCUGCCUGGCCCCGCCUCCCCCGGGGAUAGAUGCCAGCUCCUACUAUAACAGUAUACCCUCAGCUGUCAUGGCUCCCCCUACGUCUUCGGAGGCUUUGCCUAAUCUGGGAACUACCCCCACGCCUCCUGAAAGUGUCGCAAUGGCACCACCUGCUACAGCCCCCUCUCAGGUCCCCAGCUCUGCUGCUGCUGUUGGACCAGAAAUCAGUUCUAAACCUGAAGCUCAAGUUUCCACACCAGCGCCACAAGCCAUCAUCCCCCCACCACCCGACUCCCAGCCAGUCAUAGACAAGCUGGCCGAGUACGUGGCUAGGAACGGUGUUAAGUUCGAGGCCGGUGUCCGUGCCAAGAAUGAUCCACGGUUUGACUUUCUGCAGCCUUGGAAUCAGUACAACCCCUAUUACGAGUUUAAGAAGAAUUACUUCAUGCAUAGGGAAGGAAGAAGCGCUCCAGAGAGUGAGGCAGCAGAUGAGGACGAUGAUAAGUCCAACACCCAGGACUCCAAGCUGACAAAAGCCUCCUUUGCCCCAAUCUGUUUUGCCAUCAGAGCAAAGGAGAAUGACAUGCUGCCGCUGGAGAAGAACAGAGUCCGAUUGGACGACGACUCGGAUGAGGACAAGUUACUGGAGGAGCAGAGUCUGAAAGAUGUCAUGGGUGGGACUGAAAUGUUUGAAAAAGUGAUUGCCUCAAUCAGUGCACCAGAAGAGAAGAGACCCUCCCUCAGUUUGGAGGAGCUGGAGGCCAAACAAGCUAAGCAGAAACUGGAAGACCGUUUAGCCACGGCAGCCAGAGAGAAGCUGGCCCAGGCUUCUAAGGAGUCCAAGGAGAAACAGCUACAGGCGGAGAGGAAGAGGAAGGCAGCACUCUUCCUCCAGACCCUCCGCGGCCCCUACGCUGGGGAAACUGAGGCCAAGAGAGCCGAGCUAGAUGCUACUGCACAGCUUGAGAUACAGGAAGCCCUCUCUGUCCUGUCUGGCCCCGUGCCUCCUCAGAUGUCCUCAAGUGUCCCUGCGUACGCUCAGGAUCAAAGGCCCGCCGUGGAGAACAAAGGAGCGUAUCACAGCAGGGACGCUCCAUCCUCCUCUUCCUCCUCCCACUCCACCUCUAGAGGAUCGGCAAGGGACCGGGACAGAGACCGAGACAGAGACCGAGACAAAGAUCGGGACAGAGAACGAGAGAGAGAAAGAGACAGGGAGAGAGAUAGAGAAAGAGACAGGAACAAAGGGAAGGAAAAAGACAGGAAGAAGAAAAAACACAAGAAGAGGUCAAGAUCGAGGUCAAAGUCGAAGAGUAAAUACUCCCUCCCCAGCGCCUACAGGAGGUCCCACAGAUCCCGCUCACACUCCCCUGGGAGGAGGGACAGGAGGGGCGCCUCAUCAGACAGGAGACGUGAGGACAGGGAGCGUGAUCGCCAUCAUCCCAGCAGCAGCAGCUCCAGCAUGCCUAGGGGGCAUUCCAGAUCCAGGUCGCCUCCUGAAAAAAGGAAGAGUUCCAUGUCAUCCUCGAGGCAGAUGCAAACGGUGGGCUCCUCUCUCUCCCCGUACGCCUCCCCCAACAGAGUCGUCCUGUCCCCAUCAGCUAGCCCCGCCUCCAGCCUGGCCCACUCCAGGGGUGAUUCUCUGGAGAAGGCAGUGGCAGUGGCUUCAUCCUUAGUAUCCUCCGUUCAGUCCAAAAUAACUCAGGAUCUGAUGGCCAAAGUGCGCGCCAUGCUUGCCACCUCCAAGACCUUCCAGCCUCCCACUUCCUGAAGAAGGCGGGGCUAUCCACUGGCUACUACAACCUCGGCCAAUCAGCGAGUGGCAUUCUCCGAUUGCCUGGAGAGUCAUGAAAGCCGGGAUCUGUUUUAUCUCCCUGUCCUUGAUUUUGAUUUAUGAUUUUAUUUUUGUUUGAGCACCAGUUUGGCAUGUCUUAUGCAGUAUUGUAAAAUGGACGUUAGGGCACUCAUUGAGACAAUAUAAUGAUGUCAUACCUGAUUUAAGAAAAUGUUCAAUUUAUUGCAUCCAGUUUUAAAUCACUCUUUUCUCCCACAUGGUGACUUUGCAGCAACACAAAGAGCUGCUGGAGGUCUGAAUUCCUUUCCUUCUAUGAAGGGUUGUGUUGUUUUGAUAAUUCAAUUAUGUCCUCCAUCACCUUCUUUUCUCUGCAGUUGAUUGCCCUCUUCUUCGCCCAGCUGUCUUUGCUCUCCAGCACUUUACACGUCUGCUUGAGAAGCCCUUUUCAUUUUCUAUUCUGUCCUUCAGCUCUAGUGCGUGGCCUUCUUCUGUUCCUGGUUUGUACUGUAAUGGAAUCUAAUGCAGAACAACUUUCUAAUCAAAACUGUCAAUAAAGUUUCAAUUAUGAUUUA